AUGGCAGAUCAUAAUCGUCAACUAAUUGAAAUAUUUUCGCGACCAUUACCCGAUGAUGAACUCGCAGAAACAACGCGUAAGUUAUGUUCAGUUUAUCUGAAUGGUGUAUGGCAAACUAUUUCCGCAAAACAAAUGGAUAUUAAAUUGCAAAGUGGUGGAUUGAAUAAUAGUUUGUUUGUCGUAAAAUUAGCGCCAAAUGUGAAACGGAUUGGCGAUGAACCACAAACAGUAAUUUUGCGAAUUUACCGAAAUGUUACAUGCGAAGGCGAAUUGAUUCAAACAGCUAUAUCACUUGCACUCGCUGAAAGAUCUCUUGGACCCGCGUUGCUUGGCGUUUUUCCUGGCGGUCGAAUCGAUGAAUUUAUUCCCUCUCGAAUUGUUACUAACAAGGAAUUUCUCAAUAUAAACGUUGCUCAGCGUCUCGCCAGAAUAAUUGCCAAUAUUCAUUCGCUCGAACUUCCAAUAAGUAAAAAACCAAUUUUGGUAGACAUUAUACAAAAGAUGCUUGAUGAAUUGAAAAAAUCCUUUCGCUGGAUAUCGAAACAAAAAAUGCCAGCAACGAUUGUUAAACCAGAAGUGCGCAUAUUAAAGGAAGGCAACGUUUUGCUGCGACAAAAUUUUCAAAUCACCGAAGAAAGUUUGAAUGGAGCACAAGACGGUGUCGAUCCAUUAAUUUUGAUUGAUUACGAUUAUGGUUCAUACUUUUAUCGGCAUGUCUUUGCUUAUUUUAAUUCAUUUGAAUUUUAUUCUAAACAUUUCGCUGGUUUUGAUAUCGCACAUUACUGUAUGGAAUGUUGCCUACAUAAUGAGAAUCCAGAAUAUCCUUAUUAUUCCAUAUUACCCGAACAGUGGCCAGAAAAAGAGCAUAGAAGAAAAUACAUUGAAGCAUAUUUGGAUGAAGCAACAAAAAUCAUGAAAAAAAGAGAUGGAAAAAAACCAUGGAAUAUUUCGGAUUUACCAGAAAAUCGUGAAACUGCAGUUGAAAAACUUAUGACUGAAAUCAACCAAUUUGUUGCUAUCGCAAAUUUAUUUUGGAGUAUUUGGUCAUUCUAUAUGGCGGAGUCUUCAGGAAAAUCCGAAUAUCCCUUUUUCAAAUAUGGAUUCGAACGUAUUGCACUGUAUUACUACUGGAAGCCAGAAAUGCUAAAAUAUGUGGCUAUCAACCCAUAUGUUGAUAACUAUUCUUUAUCCUAA